UUCCCGGCCCGGCUGCGUUCAGGCCUCAGCGGUUUCCCUUCUCGGGUCCCUCUGAGGAAAUGCUGAGUGGCGGCCGAGGGGGGCCUGUGAGCCAGGCGGAGUUCCCCAAACGGCUCCGUGCCUCCUGGUGACCCAGCGCCUCCCGGACCCUGCGGAGGGGAGGGCGCGGCUAGGUGCCGUCCCCCCGGCUCCUGGAGUCCUGGGGGCGGCUUUUCAUAAAUCGCUUUACAGGAAGCUCUAUGACUUUGGCUUUUAAGAUCCUCCUCCCACCAACCCUCCGUGCACUCAGGAAAAAAGAACUGUUCCUAUUCCAAGAACAUCACCGGCCUGACAUAAGACACUUUGGCCAGUGGUCAGAAACAGUUCUUCGUGGACACCACCUCCUCCAGAGAAGAAAGCCUGUUCCGUCCUUCCAGAAAAGCAACCUAAGCCCACGUGCCACCUGCCUUGUUUUCUUGUCAGGAUCGCAUGUGGGACGCUGCAGUGGCCCCUGUGAGAUGGCAGAGCAACGCUUCUGUGUGGACUACGCCAAGCGUGGCACCGCUGGCUGCAAAAAAUGCAAGGAAAAGAUUGUCAAGGGCGUAUGCCGAAUCGGCAAAGUGGUGCCCAAUCCCUUUUCAGAGUCGGGGGGCGAUAUGAAAGAGUGGUACCACAUUAAAUGCAUGUUUGAGAAACUGGAGCGGGCCCGGGCCACCACAAAAAAAAUUGAGGACCUCACCGAGCUGGAAGGCUGGGAAGAGCUGGAAGAGAACGAGAAAGAGCAGAUAAGUCAGCACAUUGCAGAUCUGUCUUCCAAGGCAGCAGGCACACCAAAGAAGAAAGCUGUUGUCCAGGCUAAGUUGACAGCCACUGGCCAGGUGGCAUCUCCGGUGAAAGGUGCCUCAUUUGUCACCAAUUCCAAUCCCCGGAAGUUUUCUGGCUUUUCAGCCAAGCCCAACAACUCUGGGGAAGCCCACUCCAGCCCUACCCCCAAGGCCCCUAAGACAAGUCUGUCCUCAAGCAAAUGUGACCCAAAACACAAGGAUUGUCUGCUGCGUGAGUUUCGGAAGUUGUGUGCCAUGGUGGCUGAAAAUCCUAGCUACAACACGAAAACCCAGAUCAUCCAGGACUUCCUUCAGAAAGGCUCAGCAGGAGAUGGUUUCCACGGCGACGUGUACCUAACAGUGAAGCUGCUGCUGCCGGGUGUUAUUAAGAGUGUUUACAACUUGAAUGAUAAGCAGAUUGUGAAGCUUUUCAGCCGCAUUUUUAACUGCAACUCAGAUGACAUGACACGAGACCUAGAGCAGGGUGACGUGUCAGAGACAAUCAGAGUCUUCUUUGAGCAGAGCAAGUCUUUCCCUCCAGCUGCCAAGAGCCUCCUUACCAUCCAGGAGGUGGAUGAGUUCCUCAUGCAGCUCUCCAAGCUCACCAAGGAGGACGAGCAGCAACAGGCCCUGCAGGACAUCGCCUCCAGGUGUACAGCCAAUGACCUUAAGUGCAUCAUCAGGUUGAUCAAGCAUGAUCUGAAGAUGAACUCAGGUGCAAAACACGUGUUAGAUGCCCUAGACCCCAAUGCCUAUGAAGCCUUCAAAGCCUCGCGCAACCUGCAGGAUGUGGUGGAGCGGGUCCUCCGCAACGAGCAGGAGGUGGAGAAGGAGCCAGGCCAGAGACGAGCUCUGCGUGUGCAGGCCUCUCUGAUGACCCCGGUGCAGCCCAUGCUGGCUGAGGCCUGCAAGUCCAUCGAGUACGCCAUGAAGAAGUGUCCCAAUGGCAUGUUCUCUGAGAUCAAGUAUGACGGGGAGCGAGUCCAGGUGCAUAAGAAGGGGGACCACUUCAGCUACUUCAGCCGCAGUCUCAAGCCCGUCCUGCCGCACAAGGUGGCCCACUUUAAGGACUUCAUCCCCCGGGCUUUCCCUGGGGGCCACAGCAUGAUAUUGGACUCUGAGGUGCUCCUGAUCGACAACAGGACAGGCAAACCACUGCCCUUUGGGACUCUAGGAGUGCACAAGAAAGCUGCCUUCCAGGAUGCUAAUGUCUGCCUGUUUGUGUUUGAUUGUAUCUACUUCAAUGAUAUCAGCUUGAUGGAUAGGCCUCUGUGUGAGCGGCGGAAGCUUCUUCAUGACAACAUGGUUGAAAUUCCCAACCGGAUCAUGUUCUCAGAAAUGAAGCAAGUCACAAAAGCUUCCGACUUGGUGGACAUGAUCAACAGGGUGAUCCGGGAGGGGCUGGAAGGGCUGGUGCUGAAGGACGUGAAGGGAACUUACGAGCCUGGAAAGCGCCACUGGCUGAAAGUGAAGAAGGACUAUUUGAACGAGGGCGCCAUGGCCGACACAGCUGACCUGGUGGUGCUUGGGGCCUUCUACGGGCAAGGGAGCAAAGGUGGCAUGAUGUCCAUCUUCCUCAUGGGCUGCUAUGACCCGAGCAGCCAGAAGUGGUGCACGGUCACCAAGUGUGCAGGAGGCCACGACGAUGCAACGCUCGCCCGCCUGCAGACGGAACUGGACAUGGUGAAGAUCAGCAAGGAUCCCAGCAAGAUACCCAACUGGCUGAAAAUCAAUAAGAUCUAUUACCCUGACUUCAUUGUUCCAGACCCAAAGAAAGCUGCCGUGUGGGAGAUCACAGGGGCUGAAUUCUCGAAAUCUGAGGCUCACACAGCCGAUGGGAUCUCCAUCCGAUUCCCCCGCUGCACCCGAAUCCGUGAUGAUAAGGACUGGAAGUCUGCCACGAACCUCCCCCAACUCAAGGAGCUGUACCAGCUGUCCAAGGAGCGGGCAGCCUUCGCCAUAACGGCAGGGGAUGAGGGGAGCUCCGCCACAGGGGGCAGCAGUGGGGAGAACGAGGGCACCUCAGGGCCGGCUGUGCCUCACGCGGCCCCGAGAGCCUCCCCCAAGCAGCCUCCCACCAGCGCCAAGAAGGCUGGGGGCAAGCCGGGCGGCUGCACCAACAGAGGUGGCAACCCGCCAACUGCAAAGCCCUCCCCUGUGAGAGUGGGAGUGAAGCGGAAGGCUCCCGAUGCGACCCCGUGCCAAGCCAAGGUGCUGCUGGACAUCUUCACUGGAGUGCGGCUCUACCUGCCGCCCUCCACGCCAGACUUCAGCCGCCUCAGACGCUACUUUGUGGCAUUCGAUGGGGACCUGGUGCAGGAAUUUGAUGUGGGCUCAGCCACACACGUGCUGGGUGGCGGGGACCGGAACCCCGAGGCCCAGCAGGUCUCCCCGGAGUGGAUUUGGGCGUGUAUCCGGAAACGGAGGCUGGUGGCUCCUUGCUAGGACUGCCGCCUGCCCCUCCCUCGGGUGUACUCCCCACUGCACUGCUUCUGGACUGGGCGCCGGGCGGGCGGGCGGGCAGGCGCCGGCCGAACCCAGGGUGGGGGCCGCUCUCUCCACCAAGCUAUGCAUCUUCCAGAGCCCACCAGCCACGCGUGCUGUCUUCCAGACUGGAGUGAGUUGCUGUGUACCACCAGUGAAGUCAGGUUCUCCUGCCAGUUUACAUAGGUCUUUCAGAUCUGGGUGCUGGUUUUGACCUUUUUUUUUUUUUUUUUCUUUGAAAAGAAGCUUUUUUAAAAAAAGAAAACUGGAACCCCCUCGGAGUUAUCUUUGUCCUUCCCCAAACACCUCCUAUAAUUCUGGUGAUUAAGGAAUGGAGGGGAGGCUGGCUGUUGAAGUUCCCCUUCUACUUCCAGGCUCCUUUUAAAGUUGUAUUUAAAAGAGUAUCCUCAGAAAUGCUUAUAGUGGGCAAAACUUGUAUUCAGCCUGGCCAUUUUUGCCAGGAAUGAAAUUGCAUCUGAAAGAAAACAAAAUGGAUUUUUAUGUCUCGCUUCUCCGUGCUCUCCUGUUAAACAGUGUGUGGGUCCCGGUUUGAAGGGAGGGGAGCAGAACCAGGAAGGAUGGACAGGGAGGUGGUGUGGGCUCCGGGGCCGUGGGCUCAGGAGCCCACCCCAUCUGCAGACAGGACCGCUCUUUAGAAACCCACCUGAGGACAGAUCUCCGCAGCCUGCUUAUAGAGAACGCCUCCUGUGCCACUUGAGGUGGACUUACGUGAAUAAAGGGAAACCAGCAUAGACGAGUCCGGUUCAGAACUUUCUACGGCACCAGAAGCAGCAUCCUGGCAACCUCCAUUGGCCAAGGGGAACCAACCAAUUCAGCUGCUGAGCAUGUAGAACAUGCUGGUGACACAACCGAGAGCUGGACUUACCAUCUUCAGCUUCAAGUAGUCACGUGAGGCGAACGACGCUCACAGUGGACACUGCAGGUAGACAGAGCUGGUUCGAAGCAAGCCCUGAAAACUAAACGGCUGUCACCCAGAGGCACACGGACCGGAAGUGCACCUGAAUCACAAGGUUGCUGAAAAGAGGAAGUGGACUGAAGGUGCGGCCGCGCACAUGGUGAUCGAGAGUUGGGGAACUCAGCCCAGGUGUGUGGGCCCUGGCCUCUGCCUUCAGGGCCUGCGAGACACCACCACAGCCUCACGUCUGUGCAUUACUGUGUGCACUCUGGUCUGAGUGCAGGCUUCUCAUGUCAGCAUCUGGUUCUGAACUGGCUUCCAUCUAGUUCUGAGGGGCCAUCCUGUUUUUCCUUAUCAAUAGUCGGCAGGCUGCUUGUCCGACCCCUGGACGUGAGGUGACUGUGGAGUAUACCUGAGUAAGAGGCUAAGCAGGGGCCACUGCCUACCCCCUGCCUUCCAGGGUAAUCAGCUAAGGUCACUUCAGCCUGCCUGACCUGGGUUUCCACCUGCUGCUUGCAGUGUGUUAGGAGGAAGGGGCAGGGGGAGGUGCCCUGACGCUAGGCCAGGACAUUUGGGGUUUCUGAAUAGGCACCAUUCAGUCUGGCUUCACUGUUGAGAAUAAGACACUUUUUAUUCUAUCCUCUGUGGAGACAAAAGCUGCUGCUCCUCUGAGCACUGACCUACAUAAAUUUUCACCCCCUCUCCAGCCUCCUCAGGCCAGGCAGCUGGACAGAGCUCUCCCCUCAGGAUUUUGCCUUUGCUUGGCUGGUCUCCAGAGUGCACCCACGCAACAGAGGGGGUCAUUUCAGUCGUGAGCUCGGCCCCUCCCCACCUCGCUGGGUAUGUUGCUUCAGCUCAACGUUCAGGGUGUCGGUUUCCUUCCCGUCUUUCUGAUCCGUGUUCCUCUUUGCUGCUGAGAUUAUAUACGAUUUUGUAUCUCACAGACCAUAAGCAACAUCAUUUUAAACCUCCCCAGCAGGGUGCUGGAGGCCUGCCCUCCUUUGAGCCUUUGUUUACUCGCUGGUUGGCAGCAGGCAAGAGGUCACCCUGAGUGCUGAACGGGUCAGCCGCCCAGAACAAUGAGGACAGAGUGCUGUGGCUCAGCCUUGAGCUUCUACGCCCUUCUGGCAAGAUCCCUUCCUUCUGCAGUCACAGGGCAGAUCUGCGCUCAGUCCGGCUCUCCCAAAGGCUGUGCUCUCAGGAGUCCCCUCCCCUGCGCACUGGUCAGACAGGUGUACCCACCUGCACGGAGACAGGGCACGCUGCCCUCGAGGAGGGGCCGGCCUCUGAGCCGCAGUCCAGCCAUCUCCCGGGGUUGCCUGAAGACACCUGCGCACCCCACCCCGGCUGCCCUCAGACUCCUUUCCACCCACAUCUUGAAGGUCUGCUCCUACCAGAUCAGGGUCCAUGUCUGAACUCACUUGAUGCUGCUCUCUGGGCUUGGUCCUUUUUCCUGCCCAGUGCCCAUCCUCUUCUGGGCUUUCCCAUGCCCAAGGCCACAUGACCCAAGCAUCUCCAAAAACAGCAGUCUUGCAAGAGCAGGCCUGUGUGCAUACAGCCUGGGAUUAGCCUGUGGCUUGUGAACUCAGGUCAGUCUUAACUAUGACACCUGGCGUCCUCACACCAGAUUGGACAGGCAUCUAUGUUGAAACUUUAUUACAAAAUUAUAAAGCAGAGCUCUGUAACAAAAAAUACACAUUUGGGUUUCGUCUAACACCCAAGUAAGUCUGAGAAAAAUCUUAAUAUAAGCCACUUGAAAUAACACAUUCACGUCCAAAAGAUUUCAACAAAUUUAUACAAUAUACAUUGAGCACUAA